GAAGUGUGCGUUGCAUUACCAUUAACGUGGUGUCGCCGGUGGGUGUGGUCAGGCUCGGCAGCGGCGGCGAUAUAUAGGUGGAGGCGGCGACUCCGGCACCAAACACCUGCACCACAGCGUCCGAAGCAGCCAUGAGGGUCUGGGUCAUCGUUCUGUUGGCUGCCGCGGUGGCGGCAGAGCUACACAAGCGUGAGGCGGAGCCUGAGCCUGAGGCGAAGGCAGACCCUGGGUACGGCCUGGGCGGCAUCGGCUUGGGCGGUAUCGGUCAUGGCGGCAUCGGCCUGGGCGGUAUCGGUCACGGCGGCAUCGGCCUGGGUGGUAUCGGUCACGGCGGAAUCGGCCUGGGCGGUAUCGGCCAUGGCGGCGGCUAUGGCGGCAAAGUCAGCGUCAGCUACGGCAUCCCCAAGUACAGCGUCAGCUACGGCAUCCCCAGGUACAGCGUCAGCUACGGCCACGGCUACGGCUACCCCUCCUACGGCUACGGCUCCUACGGCUACGGGCACUCCCUGCACAAGCGUGAGGCGGAGGCUGAUCCCGAGGCUAAGCCCGAGGCGAAGCCCGAGGCGAAGCCCGAGGCAGACCCCGGCUACCUCGGCCUGGGCCACGGCAUCGGCGGCAUCGGCGGCAUCGGCCACGGCAUCGGCGGCAUCGGCCACGGCAUCGGCGGCAUCGGCCACGGCAUCGGCGGCAUCGGCCACGGCAUCGGCCACGGUAUCGGCGGCAUCGGGCACAUCGGCGGCGUCGCCCACAAGACCAGCUACAGUGUGAGCUACGGCAUCCCCACCUACAGCGUCAGCUACGGCUACGGCUACCCCUCCUACGGCUAUGGCUCCUACGGGUACGGGCACUCCCACUACAAACGGGCGGCUGGCCCUGAGCCUGGCUACACGGGAGGACACAGAUACCGCAGCUACUACCACUAGGCCGGCAGAGACGACCAUGUCCAGCCCGCGCCGACAAGAUCUCCAGCGGCGGACUGCAACGCCGCCGCCUGACCUUCGCAUCUUCACCUCGCCGGGGAGGCCGUCGAGGAACUCUGCGGCAGACACGCUGCGUGGCCACGGCUGCCUCCCUGCACCUUCCCUCACACUGACCCUCGAUCGAACCCAACCAGUCUAACAUUCACCCCUUAGGAGUAGUCAUGCUAACACUUGUACCCAAGUUUAUACAGUUGACAAAUACAAGCAGUCCUGGAAAAGAAUACAAGUAUCUCGCUCCUC